GAUAGCGGAGUCUGUUCAAGAGGUUGAUAAUAGCACAAGCAAUACCUAUGAGCAAAUGGUAAUGGAUGCAGCAGGUCCUGAUUUCUUUCAGGAUGUAAUGGAGGAGCCUCCAAAUCCAUCAGCUCAAAAAUUGUAUGACAUGUUGCAAGCUGUUAAUCAAGAGGUGUGGCCAGGUUGUGAAAGCCAUUCGCAGCUCUCAGUUGUUGCAAGGAUGUUGAAUAUCAAGGCAGAACAUCAUUUGUCAGAAAGGUGUUUUGAUGACAUUUGUCAACUUAUGAAAGAGGUGUUACCGGAUGAAAAUUUAAUGACUGAAAACUUUUACAGUACGAAGAAGUUGGUUCAAGCAUUGGGCCUACCUGUUGAGAAGAUUCAUUGUUGUACUAAUGGAUGUAUGUUAUAUUGGGCUGAAGAUAGUGAGUUAACGAAUUGCAAAUUUUGUGACCAUCCACGGUUCAAACGACAUAGUCGAGGCUCUUCUAAUUUUCAAACCAAUGUGCCACAUAAGAAAAUGUACUACUUUCCUCUCACAUAGAGAUUGCAAAGAUUAUAUGCUUCGAAUGCAACAGCAAAAGAAAUGAGAUGGCAUGCUGAGCAUGACCAUGAAGAUGGGGUAAUGUGUCAUUGUUCAGAUGCAACUACAUGGAAGCAUUUUAAUAAAACACAUCCUUCAUUUCUUCUUGAGGUUCGAAAUGUAAGGCUAGGACUGUGCACCGAUGGGUUUCAACCAUUCGGUCAGUCUGGACAACAAUAUUCAUCUUGGCCAGUCAUUGUCACUCCUUACAAUUUGCCUCCUUGGUUAUGUAUGAAGGAAGAGUAUAUGUUCCUAACGGUAAUAGUUCCUGGUCCGAGAAACCCAAAAGACAAAUUGGAUGUGUACUUACAGCCCCUUAUUGCAGAGUUGAAACAGUUGUGGGAAGUUGGAGUUGAGACAUAUGAUGCAUCAAAGAAGAAUAAUUUUAAUAUGAGGGUUGCGUUAUUAUGGACAAUAAGUGAUUUCCCUGCAUAUUCAAUGUUAUCCGGUUGGAGCACAUCAGGCAAGACUGCUUGUCCAUAUUGUAGGGACGAUUCAGAUGCAUUCACAUUGACAAAGGGUGGUAAACAAUCAUGGUUUGACAAUCACCGUAAAUUCUUACCAGCUAACCAUCCUUUCAGACGGAAUAAAAUUGCUUUUAGAAAGAACAAGACAGUUACAAAAAGUGCUCCCCCCAUUCUAUCUGGUGAGGAAAUUUUAGAACAAAUAGAACAUCUAGGAUUAAUGUGUGUCACAGAUAUGGGUGCAGAUGAGAAUAACAGUUGCAAAGCAAAAAACACGGGUUGGAAGAGACGGAGCAUUUUUUGGGAUUUGCCAUAUUUGAGUACUAACAUGCUUCGCCACAACCUGGAUGUCAUGCAUAUAGAGAAAAAUGUAUUUGAAAAUAUUUUUAAUACUGUGAUGAAUGUUGAAGGGAAGACGAAGGACAAUGCAAAAUCAAGGGAAGAUUUGAAAGAGUUUUGUCACCGACCUGAGUUAGAGAGGGAUAUGGCAACAGGAAAGUAUCCUAAAGCAUGUUACACAUUAGACAAACAAUCAAAAGCAGUGUUGUGUGAAUGGCUUAAAAAUCUUAGAUUCCCAGAUGGUUAUGUGUCAAACAUGGGUAGGUGUAUAGACAUGCGAAAACUAAAGUUGUUUGGGAUGAAAAGCCAUGAUUGUCAUGUCUUUAUGCAAAGAUUACUCCCAAUAGCAUUUAGGGAAUUGCUUCCAAAAAAUGUGUGGCAAGCAUUGACCGAAUUGAGCAAUUUCUUUAGAGAGUUAACUUCAACAACACUUAGAGAAGAAGCCAUGUUACAGCUCAAUGAAGAGAUUCCUAUUAUAUUAUGUAAACUAGAGCGUAUAUUCCCUUCAAGUUUCUUUGACUCCAUGGAACAUCUCCCAGUGCAUUUGGCUUAUGAAGCAUGGAUUGCUGGUCCUGUGCAAUAUCGGUGGAUGUAUCCAUUUGAGAGGUACCUUAGGAAGUUAAAAAAUAAUGUGAAAAAUAAAGCCAAAGUGGAAGGUUCCAUAUGCAAUGCAUACUUAGUUGAAGAAGCAUCGUCAUUCUGCGCUCAUUAUUUUAAACCCCAUGUCAACACAAGGCAUCGAAAGGUUCCACGCAAUGAUGAUACAGUCAAACAUAUGGAUGAACAUCUAGGGAAUCUAUCAAUUUUCACUCAUUCCGGUAGGCCACUGGGAAAAGGAAAGGUUAGAUAUCUCAUAGAACAAGAAUUUCAAGCAGCACAAAUGUACAUCUUGUUGAAUUGUAUAGAAGUAAAACCGUACAUUGAGUAAGUAUUUCUAAUAUUCAAUUAUUAUAAUUGUUGCAAUGCCAUUAUUGAUUCCAAACAUUUAAUUAACUAUUUUCAUUGUGUGCAGCAUUUUUGUUAAUGAGUUACACAUGGCCAAUCCAAAUAUCAAUGAUAAACAAGUUGAUGAGAAACUAGAGCGUGAAUUUGACAAGUGGUUCAAUAAAUAUGUUCACAAUCCCUCCAACAAUAUAUCAAGCCAGUUUUUAAAGGAUCUAUCAAAGGGUCCAUUAAGAAGUGUUAUGUCCUACAAUAGUUAUGUAGUUAAUGGUUACAAAUUUCACACUAAAAGUCAUGGUUCGCAUAGGGCAACGAUGAACAGUGGGGUAUGUAUCAAGGGGACUAAUUACAGUACUAAUGAAAGUGACUACUAUGGACAAUUAAUUGAAGUGCUACGAUUGGAGUACCCUGGAUUACCAAUCAAAAGAACUGUAUUGUUUAAAUGUGAUUGGUUUGAUCCAACACCAAAUGUAGGAACAAAGAUUCAUCCAAAAUAUAAACUUGUGGAUAUUAAUCAUAAAAGAUCCUUCAAUAGGUAUGAAUCAUUUGUUCUUGCUAUCCAAGCUGCUCAGGUGAAUUAUUCCAUAUAUCCAAGCUUAAAGCGUGACAAGGAUGAUUGGUGGGCCGUGUUCAAAAUCAAAGCGAGAUCUGUUAUUGAUCUUCCUGAGCAAGUGAAUGUGACAACCCCCCCUGCACGGGAAGAACCAUUUCAAGAAGAUGAAAUGGAAGUCCCUUUGAUUCAAAUUGAUGAUGAUGAUGAUCAACAACAAUAUUUGAAUGAUCAAAAUGGUGUACUAGUUGAAAUUAAUGAAGAGGAUGUUGAAGAUGAAGAAGAGCUUGAGUUGGACUCAGAAAGCGAUGAGGAAUGCGAUGAUGUAUAUGAUAGUGAUACUAAUUAGAAUUA